AUGUUGAGAGACUUGAAGAACAAUGCUAUAAUGCCAAUGGCUAUCUCACCUUUUACACCUUUAAUUUUGCUUACCUUCGGGUGUUUUGUUUACAGGGAACGCGUUCAAUCCGCACCUGUUCUGCUUUGUCCAAUUCCUUCGUCGAUGUCGAACGUCGAGAACGCAGUGAACGAUGACCUAAAUCUCGCGACUGCCUCGAAGAUCACGACAGAGGAAAACAUCGUCCCAGAUGUUGAUAAUUCUUUCGAUGUAACGAGACGCGAUUUUUGGCACGAAGUCCCCGGACGCAUCAAAAUGCACGACAAGCGGGCUUCCACCGAAGAACAAGAACGUCGCAGACUGUUUGAACGACGUGGAAGACUGCACCGAGUUGUCUCAAAGUUCUUAGCCAAAGCCUCGAACACAAAUGCGCCCGCAGUACUUCGCCGUCGCAGGCACUCUACUUCUACACUUGUUGUGGAAAGAGCAAAUGCUCUGGUGCAGGAUGACAGGCACGGUGAAGGGCAAGAUGCCGAACAGGCUCAAGUUGCCAAGCCCAGUCGGAGAAAGUCUUUGCUUAGCCGUGCUCGAUCGCUCAGAGGUGUGAAGAGCUUGUCAGACUUGAGAGUUGCUGCUCGCAAGGGUGACAAGGGAAAAGGUCAGUCUGGAUAUCCACAGACUCGAAGAAAUGGACAAGUUGAAGGGGUGUUUGAGUGUGCAGUAGUCAGGAUGAAGAGUGUACACAGUGCUACUAGUGCACCUUUGUACUUCUUCCGAGGAGCCGAGUGA